CGUCCCCUGCAUCGGCGGCGGACUCCCAACCACUGCGCCACCAGGGAAGCCCAAACACCUAUUUUUUUUUAAUGAUUCGAAGGCUUUUGCUCUGCACACUACCCUAUGCCUUCCCUGGGCAUAAUGUCCAUAUUUCAAAAUUUAGAAGUUGACCCCGAAAUGAGUUUCAGUUCGAGCAGACAACUAUCAGAGGUUCUGGUUAGAAACCACAUAUAUGAUCAGCUGUGUCAUGGGGACCAUUUCCUCUCCUUAUACCCGAUGGCCAGAGGUGGGGGGAGAUCUUUGAAUCUUCUCAUAAAAAAGUCAGUGUGAAAGUCCCGUGGUGAUUGGCGCUGGGCUUCACUCACCACAUCCUGUGCCUCUCCCUGGCCUGCUGGACUCAAGUCUCCCCCCAGCUCUCCACAUUAGCCAGGCACAAUCUGAGCUAUGCCUUCUGCACUUGCUGCCCUUCUCUUUCUUGGGCUGUCUCUGAGCCAGGGGACCAGCACCCAGAAGCGUGAGUCCUUCCUUCAAAGCCCCAGCGUCUGGUUUGAGACUAAGUACCCACAGACUCUCUCGAAACCUGUCAUCUGGGUCAAACCCAGUUUCAUGAUUCCAGAAGGAAAACUGGCCAUCAUCUGGUGUCAAGGAACUCACGAGGCCGCUGAGUACCAACUGCACUUUGAGGGAGGCCUUUCUGCCUUCAAGAGACCGAAGUCACCUGGAAUGUCGAACAGAGUCAAGUUCCCCAUCCCGUCCAUGACCUCACAGACUGCAGGGCAGUACAGGUGCUUCUAUCGAAGUGGGGAGCUCUGGUCAGAGCCCAGUGACCCUCUGGAUCUGGUGGUAACAGGACUGUAUGACACACCCACCCUCUCCGUUCAACCCAGACCUGAGGUGAUCUCAGGAGAGGAAGUGACCUUCCGUUGCCGCCUAGAAACAGCAACAAGCACCUUCUUUCUGCUCAAGGAGGGAAGAUCCAGCCGCCCACAGCGCAGAUACGGGAACAUCCAGGCGGAGUUCCCCAUGGGCCCUGUGAGCACAGCUCACAGAGGCACGUACAGAUGUUUUGGCUCCUAUAACACACAUGCAUGGUCUUUCCCCAGUGAGCCUGUGAAGCUCCUGGUCAAAGGAGAUGCCGGGGACACCACCUUUGCGCCCACAGAGCACACCUCUUCUGACCACUGGGACGCCUACAUGUUAACCACAGAGACCCAAUUCCAGGAAGAUCCUGUCCUCUGGGAUCACAAUGCCCAGAAUCUCCUUCGGAUUGGCCUAGUUUUCCUGGUCCUGGUGGCCCUCGUGUGGCUCCCAGUUGAAGACUGGCUUCACAGGAAGAAGCUUCAAGAGAGAGCCAGCAGGGCUUCAAGUCAGGAAUGCAGAAGGUUCAGAGCACAAAGCCCUGGAGAAAUGACUGAGAGAUGCAGUGGCCACAGGUAAAGCUGCAAGCUGACCCUGACCUUGGGCUGUGGGAGCUCCGAGUUGAGCCCAUGGAGGAGAGAGUCAUCGCAGAAAACGAAGGGAGAACUGCACGGAGUUUGGCAGAGGGUUGGGGAUGAAAGCGCUACAUUUCUUCUGUAGGCAAAACCCAUUGUCUCUUCUAGGUUCUAAGUACUGUUGCACUUGCUUCCUGCGAACCAAACUUUUAACCACUCUGGUCUUUCCUGAAAACAUCUUUAACGGCAUGGCCGUGGGAGUAUCUCCUCCCUACUUUUGUCCUUAUCCCUAUUUCUUCUUUGCUGUCUCUUGCACAUGUCAUUCAAAAUAUUUAACCACCAGUACAGAAUAGGUGCACUUAUCAGACAGAACCAGAGCCGGAGAGGCAACAACCAGUCAAUGGAGAUGCAGGCUUAUAAACAAACAGCACAUCUAUACCAAGGUGUCCUGGCUGGAUGGCAGCCAUGCCCCAGUUCCCUCUAUCCUAUGCCCUUGCAGGAUUUCUUCUUCUCCACUUCUUUAUCCACACCUUGCCUUGUUCUUUGGGUCUCCUAGUAGAUAUCAUCUCCUCCAAGAUGAUUUCCCAAAUCCUCCAGCUUGACUUAAGAUACUACUUCCAUAGUCCCAAAGCACCUGUAAUUCUCUACAACAGCAUUUGAACCCUAAUACUGCCUACGUAUCCAUUUUCCUGUAUCGACUGUGAACUCAUGUGAAUUAAAUUUAUGUCAGGUGUAAUGGCUGUGUUCGUAGUUCCCACUACUCAGAGUUCUUGGGAAAUGUAUGUUGAACAAAUGGAUGUAUAAAUGGGGUCAGAGUGCCACUUGAACUUGAGACUCCUAUGCGUGGUCCUUGAAAUGUUGUCUGGGCAUCACAAACGCUCUCCUUUUUGAGAGUUUCGACUUGGUCAACCCACUAAUAUACCCAUUAUGUGGUAUAUAUUGUGACACCUUACACAGGUCAAAUUCGUUCUUAAAGCUGCAUUUUCUGUUAAAUAUCAGCGAAUAUUAAUUCCAACCUCAAAGGGAUAACGUGAAGAUCUGGAGAUCAAGAAUAUCCAGAAACCAGCAUAAGCUCUGACAUGUGUACGUUACUCAAUGCACGAUGACCAUUAUUAUUCCUGAUACUAAGGGCAAUUAAAACUCAUACCAAGUAUUACCUCAUUACUAGUGGCCCCAAUACUGAAUUUUCUCCUUUCUGGUCUUCACCUACCAGGUGUUAUAAGGUCCAAGACUUUCUAGCUAAUCCCCAUUUAUAGUCUUCAUCUCAAGAUGAGAUGGACUUGCUUGGGGUGGGUUCAGGACAUUCCAACCUUUCCAUAUUCUAGUUUAUGGCAAGAAACCUAGAGUCUCAAGGAAAAAAUGGGUCAGGGAGAAAUAUGUUAGGGGUCAAGAUAUAAAGGCAGGGCUUGACCUGGGCAAAGGAGGCUCCUAGAGGGGACGGAGGGGUCUUUACCACCAUGGCCCUAUGCUGUCCUUGGCAGUCCAGGUUAAAAUCUUCCAAAACUGG